UGAACUCACGGCAAAACAAAAUGAACUCACGGCAAAAUAAAGAAAACGAGUUGGUCAGCGGUUGGUCAGCGGUUGCUAUUUGCAUUUGAAAUGGAUUGUCGUGUAACAAUAACACAAUACUCGCUCGGAAACCGCCAUUUUUCGAGUUCAUCAUGUUUUGCUCCGCGUGUGGUUCGGUAGUAGAUGAAGAUGCAAACUUUUGUAAAAGCUGUGGUAAAGACCUAAGGCUAGAAGAUUCAAGUGAAGAAGAAGACUCUAGCAAUGAAGUUGAGGUGGAGAUUGACGAGGAGACCAUUAUCAAAUAUUAUUUUCAACGCGGUUUUAGUUAUGAAGAAAUCAUUCAUUUCCUUGCUAAGCGUCAUGACCAUGAAAUAAGUAAGAGCACACUUUUAAGGCGAUUGAAGACAUAUGGACUCAAGAGAAGGAGUUUUUUCAAGGCGAAUGAUUCUGGUGAGGUUUUAGAGGCAGUUAGAAAACGUAUCCUUGAGAUUAUCCAUGGACCUGGAUCAUGUGGCGGAUACAGGACGGUAUGGCACACCUUAAAGAUGGAAGGUUUGCAUGUUCCUCGUAUAAUAGUUCAAGAUAUAUUAAAAGAGGUAGAUCCAGAAGGUUGUCAGUUGAGGAAAGCUCACCGGUUGAAGAGGAGGACUUAUCAUUGUCUUGGGCCAAAUGAUACUUGNUUUUUUUUUUAA